AUGUUCCACUACGUUCCUGUUUGUAAAGAUAAAGAUUGCAAUAGAAAUUGUGAAGAUAAAAACAAUAACAAAGAUUGUGAAAAAGAUGAUAAUGAGAAAGGUAAAGAAUAUUGUGAUGAAAAUGAUGAUAAUGAAGUUAAAAAAGUUUGUGAAAAAGAUGAUAACAAUGAUAGUGGAUCAGAAAUUUGUAGAAGGUUUGUAUAUUCUAUUGCUAAUGAAAAUUUUAGAUAG